CCAGUAGUGCAGCCUCCACAUUCCAUAUCUGUUGGGCCCGCCUCUCCUAUAUAAUGCAGCCCCCUCUCCCGCAAACAUUUGCCACUCAAACUCAUCUCUCUCUUCUUUCUCUCUCUGGAAUUAGAGAUGGCCGAGGUUCAGACUCAGACCACCAAGUCCAAGGUCAAAGAAGAUCAACAAGAAGCUCCACUCUACGGAGACAUCCUAGAAUCCAUCCUCUCUCACGUCCCUCUCCUCCACCUCGUCCCCGCCUGCCACGUGUCGAAGUCCUGGAGCCACGCCGUCUCUUCCUCCCUCCGCCACUUCCACAGAAACAUCAAGCCCUGGCUCAUUGUCCUCACUCAGACCACCAGGUACCCCUACGUCACCUCCGCACGCGCCUACGACCCCGCCUCGCACGUGUGGAUCGACAUUCAUCCGCAGCCGUCCGAUAUCCCGUCCAUCCCCAUCCUCCGAUCCUCGCACUCCACGCUAAUAUACAUGCUCUCCCCCUCCAAGUUUGCUUUCUCAACCGACCCCCUCCACCACACGUGGCACAACGCGGCCGCCCCGCUAGUCUGGCGAACCGACCCGAUUGUUGCGCUGGUGGGCCACCGGAUCAUCGUCGCUGGCGGCACGUGCGAUUACGAGGACGACCCCCUCGCGGUGGAAAUGUACGACGUGACGACCCGCACGUGGGACACGUGCAACUCCAUGCCCGCUAUUCUCAAAGACUCCGCGGCCUCCACGUGGCUCUCGGUCGCCGUCGACGACAGCAAAAUGUACGUGACGGAGAAAAUCUCCGGCGUAACCUACUCGUUUGAUCCGAAUCCCAAGGCAUGGUUUGGACCGUACGAUCUGCGCCCCGACGGAAGCGUAUUUAGCUCGGUGAUCGGAUUCGGAAACGGCCGUUUGAUUUUGGUGGGCGCGGUGGGAAAUGCGGAGAAUUUGAUGGGCGUGAAAGUGUGGGAAGUGAAGGGAGCGUCGCUUGAGCGCAAGGAGAUGAUCGGGGAGAUGCCAGCGGAGAUGGCGGAGAAGCUGAAGGGGGAGAGCGGUUGGGUGACGUCGAUCGGGAUGAGUUGCAUGGGAAAUUCGGUGUGCUUGCAUAACCCGGCGGAACCGGCGGAGAUGAUCCUCUGCGAGCUCGAGGGCGUAGGGUGCAGGUGGAGGAGCGUACAUAACGACGUCGUGAACGACGGGAGCCGAAUGCAGAGGUUGGUGGUGACGUGUUCGAAUGUGGGUUUGCCGGAUUUGCUUAAAGCCGUACAAGUUGGAGCACUGAGAAUCGUGUGAAAAGUGGCGGCAUCACUCAUCUUUGUCUAAUUGGUGGAGAAAUGAAUCCUACUUUAAUUUUAUUUUAUGAAAAUUUGUCCCCAUUAAACUAUGUAUUGUCGCAAAAUUAAUCCUACUUUAAUAAUGUACCGUUUAAUUUCCGCAAUGGUAAUCAUUGGAUUAUUAAUACCGGCUGAUCAACUCUCCUAA